GUUAAUGUUUCGUGUCCAGUGACCCUUCCUCAGAACCUGGAAACAGUAAUAGAACCCUAGUACUAUGGUGUUAUAUUAGAGAAGUAUUGUAAACUGAAAAGGGAAGUAAGGGAAAUUUAAGCGGUAGUUUUAUUGACAGUUUCAUCACAUCACAACAGCUGCUUUCGUCUGAACUCAACAGUCAUUCUCGGUUACAUAGUUACGAGCAAGGCCACUAUGCUGUUUUCAGCAUCGAAAGAAACACAAGUGGGAACCAAUACCUAACUAUGAAGCCCCUGAGAAACCUAGAGCUUAGAACCUCACAUGUGCCGUAUGCUAAAAGCCGUAGGAAAUGCAGGCACAAAUGGUGGAAAGGACCAAUUGUUUUCCUAUUACUCAUGACUGUUUGCCUGGCGAUCUUUGCACUUACGCAGUCAGUUCGCAAACUAAUUGAUGAUUUACCAGGCAAAGAGAAAGCUUGGAAAGAGCUGCAAAGUACAACCUGUGAUGAUCCCUGUAGAUUUGUAGUUACAGAGAGCGUGCCAGAUGGUGUACAUUAUGGUGAAAAUGCUACAAAAUAUCAAUCAACAUAUAACUCCUGGUUAAACCUAAUCAAUAUAGCAAAUAGCAGUCUGGAUAUUGCCUCAUUCUAUUGGACUCUUACCGGCCAUGAUAUUAAUGUGACUGAUCCCACCUCCAAGCCUGGUGAAAUCUUGCUUCGUGAAUUAGAGAAAUUGCCAUCAAAAAAUGUUAGUGUGCGCAUUGCAUCAAGUACGCUUUCCUUUCCACAUCAAUUUUCCACUGAUCUCAAAAUUCUAAAAGAGAAAGGCAUCCAUGUAAGGAAAGUAAACUUUCAAAAGUUAUUGAGUGGUGUACUUCACACAAAACUCUGGAUUGUUGAUAAGAAACAUAUUUAUAUUGGCAGUGCUAAUAUGGAUUGGAGAGCACUAACUCAGGUGAAAGAACUGGGUGCUGUGGUUUACAAUUGCAGUUGCCUUGCCAAUGAUUUCUCCAAAAUCUUUGAAGCUUACUGGAGUCUCGCACUGCCAAAUGCCACCAUCCCAUCACCAUGGCCAGCUUUUUAUUCAACAAAUUUUAACAAAGACACACCUCUUGACGUGAAACUGAAUGGAACUGCUGCAAAAAUGUACUUUUCAAGUUCACCUCCCAAGUUAUGCCCAAAAGGUCGGACUACUGAUCUUGAUGCUAUUCUCAGUGGUAUCAAUGCUGCGAAGAAGUUUCUAUAUAUUUCUGUCAUGGAAUAUUUUCCAACAUCGCGUUUCCUACAACAUGUACUAUAUUGGCCACAUAUUGAUGACUCGUUGAGAAAAGCAGCUAUUGAACGUCAUGUUCGUGUUCAACUGUUGGUUGGUUACUGGAAACAUACAGAUAAAUCCAUGCUGGCUUAUCUUCAAUCACUGCAAGCUCUAAGAAACAUCAGGAAGGUCCAUUUUGAUGUGAAACUAUUCAUUGUUCCUGUGGGAAAAUUUAGCAAUAUUCCUUAUGCAAGAGUGUGUCACACCAAAUACUUUGUGACGGAAAAUAUUGCCUAUAUAGGUACUUCGAAUUGGUCUUAUGAUUACUUCAAUUCUACAACAGGAGUUGGUCUGCUUAUUAAUCAGACUUCAGGAGAAGCUGGUGAUACAGCUCAUCAUCAGCUAAAGAAUCUGUUUCAAAGAGAUUGGAAUUCCAACUAUUCUGUCACCUUGGAUGAUUUGAAAGAUUAUUCUGACUUUUCAUUUAAAAUGAAUGGGCUAAAAUGAUGCCUUUAGGGAAUCUUAAUCUCACAUUCACACUUAUAAUUGCAUCUGGAAGGAUUUUGUCAAAAGUUAAAUAAGGAAAGCAGAUUAAAGUAAGCCACUAUAUUAUUGAAAAUGAGCUAUCACUGGCAGGUAUAUUUUGAAAUAACUUCUAGCACUAUGAUUAAAGACAAACUGUGCUGUUAAUGUAAUUUUGAAUUUCAGUUGGUACAAACAUUGUGAAUUAAGAUUAAUUACCUGAAUUAUUGCAUUUCUUUAUGUUCUCACUGAUGGGAUGUUGUGAGUGAAACAAUGAGUCAGACAACCUAAGGUUAUUGAAACAAAAACAGAAAGUGUGCAGAGAUUCAGCACAUCUGGCAGCAUCUGAAAAUCAGUUAACAUUUCUCUGUUUAUCGAUGCUGCCAGACCUGCUGAGUUUCUCAAGAAUUUCUGUUUUUGUUUCAGAUCUCCAAUGACUACAGUUCUUUAUAUUAUUCACGCACCAGCUAUAAUGUUGCAGCAAAUCAAUCCCCAUUUCAUUGUGAAGCUUGAAAAUGUUGUAUAAACAGAAACUAACAAUCCUAGCCUUAGAUCAACAACCCAGACCUUCAAUCCCCAGCAACUAUAUUUGAAACCUUGACUGAAUGUCAUCCUCAGCAGUUCAAGUUCAGGAAAAAACAUGGGGAGAACUUGAAACAUUAUCAUGUCAUAAAAUAGUGAUCUGAUCAUCUGGCUAAGCUCCUUUCGCUGCUGUUGAAAGGAUAAUCAUGAAUACUGCGUUUGGCCCAAUUAAGUGUCAAGUAAUUUUCCUUCACUAUUGACCAUCACUUUACACAUUCCAUAUCUCUGGUGAAUGCAUUCUGCGCUUUGUAAUGGCAGAACGUGAGUUUACUAAAUUUGUUGUUUCUAGCAGUUCCACUGUAAAAUGCACCAAAUUUGGGUUAGAUCCAUCAGUAUGGAUCAACUCUCCAAAUUCUAUGAAGUCAAGACUGAUUCACUCUCAGUUUAUCCAGUGCAGUGUGAAUGAAAAGAAUGUGUCCAGUAUAAUCUUGUCCAAUGCAAUGAUCCACCCAGUAAGCUCAUAUUCAAUUAUCUUGUUUUUUUUUAGGAAAAGCAAAAUUAUUUCUAGUUUGAAGUGAAACCAAUCUUCAUAAGGUUGGUGGUACAGAACAGCAGCCUAAUCACUAGUAAAGCCCUCUAUUUAAUGAAUCGUGUAAGCUAUGUGAUUUGUAAUUUUUUAAAAGGUUGAUCAUAAGCACAAUCAUAUCAACUAAUGACAUCAGUAGUCCGACCCUCACUAUCCCCGAUAGAAAAACUGGUCAAUCAUUUCAUUUACUGUUUAUGUGGGGCCUCUGUGUGCAAAGUUAGCUAACCUAUUUACUUACAUAAUAAUAAUGGUAAUUCUAACAUAAUUGCUGUGACAUUUAAGAUGUCCUAAGAAAAGGAUAAGGCUCUGUAUAAAUGCAAGUUAUUCCCUUCUCUAAGAUAUGUAAGUUUUGUAGGUUUGGGGACAUUCAAUAUAUUGCAAUAAACAGCAUAUAUUGGCCCCUACAUAUUUAGCAAUAUAUAGAGUAUAUAUGUAAAUUGUAUAAAGCCUAUUAGCCGGUUCUGUGUUUGGAAUCAUUUAUUUUUAGAAUGUGACACUAUUCUCUAUACUGUGCCAUUCAUGUUAUCAGUUUUGGAAUCAGCUUCAGCUCAAUCAGAGAGUGGUAAGGGUGUGGAAUGCACUACCUGCUAAGGUCGUCACCUCAGCCACAUUAGGGAGAUUU